UAUCGAUGAAGUCAAAUGAUAGGCAGCUAGUUGUAGCAAGCAAAACGGAGCAUCGACUUCCUGUCGACCACGGAUGUUGCAUGAGAAACAAUAGAAAACCGCACAAAAUAUAAAAGAAAAAAAAACUAGCGAAACAAGCACGUGCACGGAGUCAAAGUAUGCGUGCAUGUUUUGGGGAAAAAAUAGUCAAUGGCGAAAUUAUCUGUUUUUGAUUCCAAUUGGUUGUAAGUACAAACCAUGAAAACAGAGCCUGAGGCCGAAGACUAGGACUGCUGCAGCUAGCUAGCUAGCUAGCUGGCUUGAAAAUCGAAAAGGACUGGCGCUGCUGCUGUGGCCUGCCAGUUCUCGUGAAACAACCCUCAAAGAAGUCUGAAAAGGCAUUGUGAGAGAAGACAACACAGGCAAGGUUUCCCUAUGAUGUUUGAAGAGGAAGACGUGGAUCACCAAACUGGCAAUGACAAUGAGGAAUAUGGAAUGAACAGUGGAGGAAGAACACAAGGAGAGAUUGGAGGACUCCCUGUGGGAGAUGUGACACCAGCAGCAGUUGUAGCAGCUCUCUCUGAGUACCUGCCCCACAGUAAAGAUCAGUCUCAAAAAAACCGAAGGGGUCGACCCAAAAAGAUUUUGCAGCUGAAAGAGGGGAACCAGAGGGAAAAAAAUGAUUUGGAAGCAGUAUUACAUGGUGGACCUGGUAAUUUAAAGACUCAUUCCACUUCUUGUCAGCAACAGAGUACAGAUUUAGAUAGAGCCUUUGAGAAUGGAAGUCCCUUUGACCAAGUUCCUGAAGGGAUAAGUAACCAAGAACAUGGGUUUGCUUUGUCAUCUACUAAAAAACAUAGGGACAUUUUUACCUGUACCGUAGCUGGUGAGCAACAGGUAUCUCCUGAAAGUAGUGGAACAGUAGCCACGAUUCAAGAUGACUUUCCUCCCUUUUCAGGUAGCAGGUACAACAAGGUAAAGUCAAACACUGAAACUCAGUCUCACCCAGGUGCUACAGAGAGGUUGCACAGAAAGCCUCCAGAUAAGUACCCGGGAGGAGGCGAGGGCAGGAUUGUAGUUGCACAGAUGCCCUGGAUUAGCAGUCUCGCAGAACAAGAUGAUGUAAAGGGUGAGAAUGAUGCUAGACUCCAUCCCAGUGGCAGGCUGUCACAGAACUCUUGGAAAAAUUGCCAGGGGCAAGGCAAAGACAGAGGAAUAGCAAUUGAGGAGCAGGAAAAAGUUAAAAUGGCAGAAUCAGUGAUACUAACAAAGACCCCUGCACGGACUGGUGAACUAACGGAUAAAUUCAGAGACUGUCAGUCUUCAUCUGUUAUUCCAAGUGUAUCUCAGAGUGAAAUGUUCCAGUCGGCAGGAAAAGCAGUGAAAGAACUGGUACAUGCAGGAGUGCCACAUGAACCUAAGGUCAAACGUGGGCAAAAAGAUGGUCCACCAAAAACAAACUUGCACUCCAAAACACAGGUUAGGCGAACAGUCAGUGGUUCUCAUGAGCUUGGCAACUACUUGGAGGAGAAUAGAACCUGCAGGAAGAGAAGUUCAAGCAGUUCUGACCAGUCAAAAGAGAAGCUUAGAAAAUGCAAGAUGAAAGAAAGUGAUAAAUCUCUUGAGAGUGUUAGAAUGGACACAACUGUAAAGAAGGCAUCAAGUAAGGCAGAUGUUAGACUUGUGGAUACUAAUGUGGGCCAGAUGCAACCCUCUAGAAGUCUUUCUAGUACAGGACCUGACCCUGUAAAUCCUGCUAAUGAAAAGCCGAAAAAUAAGAUGGGGCGGCCACAAAAGAAAUGUGAAUAUAUUGUAACCAAGAAAACCAUAGGGAUAUUGGGAGCUGACUGCAGUGCCUCUGUAAAAGAAUGCUCCCAAAAAGCAUUGUCUCCCAAAGACUUUAGUGACAAAAAGACAUUGGAGACAACUGUUUGUGUUCGGAAAAAGAAAAGAGGCAGGGGGAAAUAUAUUCGGAAGCCUGUCUGCAUAAUCCCACCUCAGGAACAAGUUGUGGGAAUGGCAAUUGAAGGCACAGCAGAGACUCUCUCUUCAUCCAGGAAACCACAUUCGGUACAGGAAGUAAUUGGAGGAAAACAGGUAAAAGGUCCAGAGUGUAAGGCGAGGGCACUAUUGGACCUUAAAACCACAACUGCACCAACCCCAGUUGGAUGUUCGCCACAUGAACAACAGAAGCGAGGUCGUCGAAAGAAAAUUAUUUGCUUGACUGAAAAGACCUCUAAUUCUUUUGAGCCACAGAAUUGCAGUGUUUCUCAGAAGGUUAUGUUGCCACCAUCAAAAAUUAAGACUGAGUUAAAAGGAAUGGCUAUAAUGUCCACCACAGACAGAAAAGGGAAGGGAACUGUAAAAGAGAAAACUGAAGUAGUGAGUCAACACGGUGAUGGAGGCAGCAUUGCUGUUGGUUCCAGGAACAGGGCGGCAGAUGAAAAAUUGAAACGUAAAAUUGGUCGGCCAUUCAAGAAAAAGACUCUAAUUAAAAUGGCGAAACAGUUAGCAUUAGCGCAAAUAAGAACUGCAAAUGCCACAGACAUAUUUGAACGGAAUCAACCAGAAAAUAUUCCUCUCCAUCAUCCUCAAAUAUACAAGCUAAAGAGGGAAAGGAAGAAGGUUGAGUUGUAUUCCCCAGUAUCACCGUUGAGAAGGUACAGUCGGGCCUGCAAAUUAAAUGCGAAUUACUUAGAUGAGAAGCAGGAACACCAUCCUGCAAGUAGCCAUAAACCCCUUUUGUCUUCUGUCUCCAGUGUCACUGUUGCUCAUUUGGAUUCAGGGAAAACAGUUUCCCGAUCUUCAGCUGUUCACUCCAAGAAGGAUUCAGAGACCACCAAAUCUGAAGGACAUGAUUGUGUUAAAGUGACUUGGAAAAAAGCUAAGCAUUUAAAGAACAAAAGGAAAAGUCAAGUGAACAUCAAGGUUGAAGAAAUUCAGCCAUCCGUGUUCACUGAAUUUUCAAAGAUACAAAAUCCCAGUGCCUUCCAGGAACGUUUACCUAUGCUUUCGAAAGAGACUUUAACUUCUUCCGAGUCUGUCUCAACUGAGAAGAUACCGUUGAAAAAUUGGAAAAUGCGAAGUAAGGCAAGAAAAACUGAUCAAUUGAGGUCCAGUACAGAGAGUGGCCAGUCGCUCAGCACACAGUCUCGCCAUCAAAUACACAAUGACAGUGCAGCAGCAAAAGACACUGUACCUUUACUAAUCCCGAAAGAAGAGAUUGAAGAGACACCUAAUGCAGCCGCAACUGAGAACAAAGUGGUGUCCCACAAAGAUACCCGUACUGUAACAAUGAAAAAAGUCAGGAGAAAAGGAAGAAUGUCUCAGAAAAAAGUCGUUGCAAAGAUCAAAUAUGAGCCAACAGUAGAUGCUGCUUUGAGUAAUGUCUCAGCAUCAAAAAAUAAAUACGAAUCUCACUCCAAAUCUUUACCAACAACUCAGAGUUUGAUUGAGUCCAAUUUAUCUGGUGAUAACGGAUCUCGAAGGCGAGGGAGACCAUGUAAAACUAAAGCAAUGAUUCCGACUGUGAAAUCUAGUGAAGAGGUAAAAAAAGAAAUGGUGGAUUAUGAGUCAUUAACGGACCAAAGUUGUCCCUUGAAACCCCCAGGCAAGGUUAUGUCCUGUCUGAACAUUUCUGGAGAGAGUGAAAUGAAAAGACCACGGAAAGUGGACAGGAGACGGAAAAGGUUUAGACGUCAGAAAGCUCUAGAACUUAAGGCAUCAUCAGAGGUUUUGUUAAACCCCUCAGAACCAGUUGGGAAAUUUACUUCACAGAUUGACCACAGGGAAAAUGUACAUUACAUCUCACAAACCCAUUCCAAUAAAAGAAAACUAGAGGCAGAUGAUCAGCUUUUUAAUGAUUCAAAUUCCUUCACAAAGAGGCCACGGAAAGCAUUUGGCUCAAGGAAGAGGCGGAGAAGAAAAAGGUCCUGGUGGGAUGAUAGGGGAAAGGAUAAAGACGUGCUCACAGAGAAAUACCCGGAUAGUUUGCUGAAGCCGUCUUUGCCGUCUGUUGAAGGCAAAGCAGAAGUGGCGGUGGUUGUGAAAACAGACUUUGAUGUGAAAAGGACUACGAAUCAGGAGUCGAUUCAUUCAUAUCAGCAUAAGAUGCAAAACGCAAAUAAACUCCCCUCACAUACCCGAGCAGUGGCUCAGAGAUCUGGGACAGACAGAAUUUCAGGGGAAGUAGAAUUUUCUGACCAAAUCAACCUCUCUACAGAGGAAAAAAAUAGGCCUACUGAAAAGUCAUGUGGUUACCAAGGCCAUUCAGAGCCACUGAAAAAUGCUUUUCUUAAUGAAACUGAAGGGGUGCUAUUUCACGAUAUCAGCAUUUCAGAAAAUCAAAGAUGGGUGAGUAAUCCAGAAAAUCUAAAUGACCAAAACUUGGCAGUUAAUAAUUCAGGACCACUAGCAGAAUCAUGCAAAGGAACUGUCGGCUUGGUGACUGAUGAGCUUCAAGAAAAACAAGUAAGCAAUGAAACAGUGACUUCCUCAUCUCAUGCUUUAAAAAAUGAAGUGAACGUGCUUGAGACUGACAGUCCAAAACCAGAUGAACUUCUAAAAGAAGACAUUACUAGACAAAGGUCUGGAAGAUCCAAAAAUGAAGACCAACAGAAACAAGUCGUAACAAAUGAAAAAAAUAUCUCGAGAGAUGGGUCAGUCAUGCUGAUUCCUAAAGAGACAGACCAAGUGGAAACAAAUGUUGAAAUGUGUGUGUCUUCAGAAUCCAAAACCCUAAAUCCAACAAACCUGAGGCCCUCCAAGACGCUUGAUGAGGAAUAUAGUUUAUCUGAUGUCUUUCCGAAUGCCCCUGAUGUUGAGAUAAACCAAGCAAUGUUUUUACAGCAAAAUGUGUCCAUACAGGACCUUCCACCAGAUAAAAAAGGGUGGGAAAACUAUCAGGAUGGAGUGGAACAAAGUGACCAAGAAUUGGAGGAAGAAGGAUGCAUUGAGGAAGAUGCUGUGGAGAGCAUGGCAGAAGAAUUGCCUCUAAGUAUCCAUUCUAAGAUUCGAGGUCCAGGACGCCCACCUAAGGAUAAGGAGAAGAAGCCUAUAGAAUGCCAAAUUUGUGGCCGUGCUUUUCAUCACAUCUCGGCCUAUGUCAUUCACCGCCGUGUCCAUACAGGAGAGAGGCCCUACAGUUGCCAGGAGUGUGGUAAAACCUUUGCUCAACUCUCUAAUCUUAACACUCAUCGAAAGACUCACAAGUUACCCGAUGAUCUACGCAGAAUGUUUUCUGAUCAGGAGGAACUUCUUGUCCAUUGCCAGAAGAAUGCCGAAGAGCUAAAUCGCCAACGUUUGACCAGACAAGUGAGCAAUGAAGAAGAUGGGGAGAAGAACCAACAUCGUUCCUUUCCUUGUUUGAAAGACAGGAAACCCCAUGUGUGUUCUGUGUGUGGAAAGGGAUUUCGCUACAGCUCUAUGCUAAAGAUCCACAUGCGUGUUCACAGUGGGGAGAAGCCUUACUCAUGCAAAAUUUGUGGCAAGUCCUUCAGCCAGGCAUGUAGUGUUCGUGUUCAUGAAAAAAUACACUGGUCAGUAAAGCCGUACAUCUGCAACCUUUGUGGCAAAGGAUUUUCUCAGCUCGGGACACUGAGAACUCAUUUUUACUCACACACAGGAUUGUAUAAAGAAGGUGGCAAGCAGGUAAGCAACAAAGUGAUAUUCCAGUGCCGAACCUGCAACAAGAGCUUUAGUAUUUGGCAUCAGUAUAACUUCCAUCUAAAAUCGCAUAUCGAUGUCCAGUUUUUUGCUUGUGAUAUCUGUGGUCAGCAAUUUAGGCAGAUUUCUGAUCUCAGCUUCCACCGCCAAUCCUGUGGUAAGCAGACUAUAAAGGAUACCGUACAUCAUUCAUUUGUAUUUGACACUUUGCAAAAAUCUCAAAAGCAAAAAGGUCUGCCAUUUCAACCACACCCAAUACAGCAUUCACAGCUCCAAAGCAACCAUCAGUAUCAACCACAGGGCCAACAACAAACAUUUUUUCCGAACUAUAGUAUAUCUCAGCAACAGGUUUACCAUUUACCUGAACAUAAAACCUUUUCUGAACUGAUGAACCCUCAACCACAAAGAGAUGCUUCCCAGCAGAGGAAGCAUUCUUCAAGAAGUAAAUGGAGGCAGAUGGCUAGCCCUGCCUAUUCGCAAAUGAUAAUAAAAUCCCCUCGUAAACGUUACCACUCAAGGCACACUCUCUCAACAUCAGCUCAUCUAGAUCAUAAAUUUGACCCAAGGAAGUAUUUGUGCCCGCGCUGUGGUCGACUAUUUAGGCACUUAGGGAGGCUUAGAGCCCACAUGCUGACCCAUGUCCAUGGUCACAGCUAUACCUGUGGGCGCUGUGGGAAAACACUGGAAAACUGGAACAAGUUCUGGCUGCACCAGCGUAUCCACCGACAGAAACGAGGACGUUUCUUUUGUCCUAAGUGUGGUCAGGGCUUCCGCUUUGCUGGAAUGUACAAACAGCAUUUGCAGGAACACAAAGAGCUAAGAGUAUUUGCUUGUUCCUCAUGUCCACAGACAUUUUCCCAUAGAGAAACUUUGAAGGCUCAUCAGAGAGAGGAGCACAAACCACAUAAGUGUAAUGUUUGCGGGAAAAGUUUCCACCUUCAGGGAAACUUGCAGCGACACAACCUUGUUCAUCGUCAUACCCACCCAGAAUGUUGUCCUCACUGCAGUUUGUUAUUCCCCAACAUCAGUGGUCUACAGGAUCACAUGAUUACUCAUAAAAGUCCAACUGGCCCACUCUUGGAUGUGUCGGCACAACAAAAUCUAUUGCCAUACCAAUGUGGGGAAUGUGAAGCCAGUUUCAAAAACUUGGAUUUGCUUUUCCGUCAUCAGCUCUGCCACUCUCCCCCCAGGGACAGGAAGCCGUGGCGUAAUGGAGAGAUUGUUGGCUUGCAAAAUAAGGGUCUGCAUGUCUUUACUUCCCUGGAUGACACAAGUGUGUACCCUAGUUCCUCAUCCUCGGAUCCCCAGGUCUCUGCUCUUUACACUGAUCCAUCUUCCCACCAACAGGGUUCUCGGAUCAGCCAUACCUAUUCUCCUGAUCAUUCUCAACUUGCAAGCAACAAGCCCAGUCAGUCUAGCAAGUUCCAGUCUCUAGAAAACAACACACACCUACCUCAGACACUGACACCCUGUACAGCUGUGCCUUUUUCUGAAGCUCAACCUCUCAGUCUCCCACAAUAUCCCCAGACAUGCAACCCCGUCCAGUCCCCUAGCCAUAAACAGGUCCAAACCUCUCCAAAAUUUGGAAAAGUAUUUACCCAAAAGCCGCUCCGCACCUAUGAGAAGUCCAAGAGGGGUGCCCCUUGCACCCCAUCAACAUCUGUGAAACCCCAGAGUGAAGAGGACAGUAGGGACAGUUUAGAAUGUGUGGAGUGUGGGGCACAGUUUAAUCUUGUUCCAGAAUUAUAUGAACAUUACUUGCAGCACGCCAGGGGAGAGCUGUAAGGGACGAUAAAAUAAAGAAAUGUUUUGGAAAGACUAAAAGUAGAUUGAUUUUCAUUGUUCAUUUUGGACAAACAAAACCUCACCCCCUUUCAGUGGAGGAUUUGCUUUCUAAAGAUGCUCAGUACAUGUAAAAAUUCAGAUAUUUCUAUUAGUGGUUGUCUCACAGGUGGGGGGAGUGAUUACACAAUACCUCAGUGGUAUAGACAGAAGGCUUGCAAUGCUGACCUUUUAGAAUAUAUUUGUGUUGGGGGGGGAAGGGAUAAAGUGCUGUGUGGCAAUUGCACGCAUCUCAAAUACUGCAGGUAUCUUGGUAUGCUUUCUAAAGUAAGGAUUAUGUACUUACAAAUCACCCUGUCAUUAAAUGUAUUCCUUAUGCUGCCUCUGGGCAUUAAAGCUUUGUUACUUUUCAGUACAACUUAAAAUGUCUAUUGGUAUCAUCAUAAUUUUAAUUUCCAUUAGUCUGAUUUCUUUCCCAUUUCCACUUGUAAAUCUACCACAAAGAUAUCUGAGAUACCAUUUUGAAUAGGGUUGUAAGUUUUCUUUUGCAAAUGGGAACUGUGAUGUCAUUUAAGUUAGUGAGCAUUGUUUAAACUGUGAAUUCAAAUGUAUGUCUAAGAUUGAGUAGUGCAGCAUACAGAUUGCAUCAUGUGUGCCCUAGGACAUUCUGACUGCAUCAAAUAGCCUGAAAACAUGUAUUGAGUGUCCCCAUGUCCUUGGAGAGAAGCGAGUGACAGAAAGUGUCUUUGUAAUAUAAUGUUGUAAUUUGUUUUACAGUGUUUACAGUUAUGUUAAGACAACUGACUGCACUGUCUUGCAAAAAGUUUUGUAGAGUUUGUGUCAGAGCACUUGGUUGCUGAUGUGAGGAUUAGUAUUUUUGCAAGAAGUGUGAGGUAGAUUUCUGUACUUUUUAUUUACAUUUUGUCUGCCCCACCUGUACCAUAUUAACCAGGUGUGCAGUUGCCUCUGUGAUUUCCUUAAGCAAAAAUAUUUUUUGUUUUGAAGUGGGAGCAUUGCAAAGUAGAAGUCACUGCAACACCAUACCGUUUUGUACAGUUUUAAAGGGGUUCCUUUUUUAUCUCUUGUAAAUGUCAUGAAGAAAGUUGCAGACAAGCCUAACAAAAUAAAGCAAAGAUUUUUACUCA